CAUCUUCUCAACGAUUUAUCAAUGAAACUUGACACAACUUGAGCUCGAUCAUCCCAGCUGUCUCGGCGGAGGAGGAGUUGACAGCAAUCAAAUUGGGGAAAUGGAGGAGAGGCAACCGGAGCUCGGCGGUGUAUGGAAGAGGGUCGUGGUUGUCGGCGGCGGCGUUGCUGGUUCGCUCAUCGCCAAAACUCUUCAAUUCAGCGCCGAUGUAACCCUCAUCGAUCCGAAGGAGUACUUUGAGAUUCCGUAUGCGAGCUUGAGGUCGAAGGUGGAGCCGGCGUUUGCAGAGAGAUCCGUGAUUUAUCACAAAGAUUAUCUCACCAACGGGCGUCUCGUAGUUGGCAAGGCGAUAAGCAUCUCCAACUCUCAAGUAUUGACCUCAGAAGGCCAUCAGAUUACCUAUGACUACCUUGUCGUUGCCACUGGCCACACCGGGUCCUUCCCUCGCACCAGACGCGAGAGGCUCACAGAAUUUCGAACAGAGCACGAAGAGAUAAGAUCGGCCGACUCCAUACUGAUUGUGGGAGGAGGCCCUGUUGGAGUGGAGCUAGCUGCAGAGAUAGCUUUUGAUUUCCCGCAGAAGAAGGUCACUCUUGUCCAUGAAGGGUCCCGGCUAAUGGAGUUCAUCGGGGCAAAAGCCGCCGACAAGGCCUUGCAAUGGCUGAAGUCGAGAAGAGUAGAAGUUUUGCUGCGUCAAUCAAUUGAUCUCGAAAACCUCUCAGAAGAAAGCAAGACAUUCGAGACCUCAUCGGGGGAAAGAAUUAUAGCAGACCGCCUCUUUGUGUGCACGGGGAAUCCACCCGCCUCGGAUUGGCUGAGGGAGACGUUCUUGAAGGACAGCAUCGACCGGUUUGGGAAUGUCAAGGUUGAUGAGAAUCUGAGAGUGAAAGGGUACAAGAAUGUCUUUGCAGUUGGAGAUAUUACGGAUGUUAAGGAAAUCAAGCAAGGGUACUUUGCACAACAACAAGCUAUGGUUGCUGCAAAGAACUUGAAAGUGUUGAUGGAAGGAGGGCAGGAGAGGAAGAUGGCGAUCUACAAGGCGAAACCGGGCAAGAUCAUAGUCUCGUUGGGGAGGCAGGACGCAGUGGCGCAGUUUCAGUACUCAACGUGGAUCGGACUGGUGCCCGGUAUGAUCAAAUCAAAGGACUUGUUUGUUGGGAAAACGAGGAAGAAGUUAGGUCUUGAUCCUAGGAUUGUGGAUCAUUGAGUUGAGUUUUUGAACCUUUGGUGAGUGCUUCCGUGCUUUUCGAAUUUUUCGCUUAUCGUUCGUAUUUUUUGGCCCUACUACGUUGGCCCAGUUGGUGGGGCGACGAUCUCAUGACCGUCGUUCAGAGAUGUGACGAGUUUGAAUCCCACCAACAGAAAGGUUAUUAAAAAAAAAUGUUUAUCUAUUCAUAUUUGCAUUUAUUUGUUUGUAUAUCAUGUGAAAUAUCGUACAUAUAUAGAUUGAGAGUUUAUUCAACUCUAGUGAUUUGCUUUGUUUUGGGAGUUGAAAAUCGAAAUUGAAUGUUCCUGCCUCUGGUUUUAGCAUCAGAACUUGGAUUUUUCUAAGGCAAACUUAUGUGUAUUUACUUGGAUUUUUCUAAGGCAAACUUAUGUGUAUUUAUUUA